AUGAACUUUUGCAAGUUCACGUUUAUAUUAGUUCUUAACACUGUUUUAUCAUUAGAUAUUGAUUUUCUGUAUGAAAUUGAGAGGUGAAUUCUGAAAUUUGAAGAAAAAUUGGGAAAAUAUUUAAACUGUUUUUUAGAAGAAUCGAUUUUGACAUUGAUCCUUGUGACGACUUUUAUAGACAUGUAUGUGGAGAACCUCAAAAAAGCCUGAACGAUGUACUUCUAGAAGCGUAUCAAAAGGAGAUAGAUGUCAUGGAAAUGCCUGAUGAUGUGAAAUAUGUUUGUGUUAGUUUCUAUUCUUGUUUUUCAACGAUGAAUCAUAUAAUCCUAUUCACAGAACUAUUCGUUAGAUCCGAAUUUUCAUGAUAUGUUCAACAAUUUGAAUCAAAAACAUGCUAUUGAACGUUUGAUCGUAAAAUUUGAGAAAAGGUUUUGUAGAUUCUUUUUUCUUACUUUCAAUCCAAAUUUCAGCUGUGAAAAACAAGAUGAAGAUUAUCGUUCUAUUCUGGCGGUGAUGGGAAACGUUUUGAAUCAUAAUAAAAAUUCUACAAAGUUCAAUUAUUAUAAUCACCUACGAUUUGAUAAAAACUGUUCACGAGCAGCGACAAACUUGAAAAACAUAGUUCAGAGAACAUGGUUGGAAUUGAGAAAAGUUAGUGUUGCUUUAGUUAGCGCAAGCUUUAAAAAUACAGUUACUUUUUUCAGGAAAGACGCAAAAAUGAUAUAUAUCUCAAAAACAUACUUAGCAAUACGUGUGCGUUUUAUUGGUUGAACAAGAACAAACAAGCCUUCCAGCGUCAUUUGGAAUUGUUGGAAAAAAUGAAACAUGAGUUAUUAGAAAUGAACAAGGUUUGAUAUUUUACUUGAUAUAAUAAAAAACAUUUUCAAAAGAUAACUCCGUGGAUAUUAUCUUCAAAUAGCUUGCCAGCAAUGAAUAAAAUGAUCAAUAUGUCAUAUUUGAACACAUAUGCCGAUACUUCUUAUCAACAAAAUGCUGAAGAAACUCGAAACGUUAUUCUUAAUUGUUUUCGAAAGUUUGUCAAAGUCAGUCACAGUUGUUCAUUGAAUCACAAUAGUUUUUCAGGGUUCCAAACGAAAUACGAUUUUUUUGUUACCUUCUCGUGUCUUCCCCAGAAUUCUUAGAUCAAAACAGUUUCCAUGCGUUAAAUAGUAACGGGGAAAUCCUAAUGUUCAAUCCGUUGUUGUCUAUUUUAUCCAAAGAACAAAUUGCUCCGUUCAAAGUAUGUAAUUGUUGAGUUUCUAGUUUUAAAGACAAUAUCUUUUAUAGUAUGGAUAUACGGGUGUUAUGAUGGCACACGAACUUGGACAUAGUUUUAUCAAAUCAACACCAAACUACAUGUUGGUCCCCUAUUUUCCAUCAGAAAUCGAAAAUUGUAUCAAACAGCAGUUUAGAAAGACUUGUGAAUUUUUCAUGAAGGUCAGUUUUGAUAACUUUAGAAUUUAUAAGAAUAUGAUUUAAUAAAAAGGUAUAUUUUUUUCCAGAAAAAUUGCUCUAUUGAUAAAAUGAAAUAUGAUGAAGACGCUGCUGAUAUUUUUGGUAUUCAUUUAGCUUAUCAAAUUUUUGCAAAAAAAUACGAGAAUAAUUUACAAGUAAGUGAAUAUCUUGUAUCAUUAACUAACAUUGUAACUGUUUGUAGGAUAUUAUUGAAAACUCGAAAUAUAAUUUAACUAAUCAGCAAAUGUUCUAUUAUUCCGCCACAUCUCUUGGAUGUCAAGUUAGUUAUAUUUAAUAAGUGUUUUUAACAAAAACGUCUGUAAACAUUUUCAGUUCAAAACAAAAACAUUAUUACCGAGCAACAAUUAUCAUAGUUCUUAUGAGAGAUCCAAUGCACAAAUGGUUCAGUCAUCUGGUUUUCAACAAGCUUUCAAAUGCGACGAAAAAAGUCGUAUGAUUCAAUCAAAAUAUGUGAGAGAAGUUUUUCAAAAAACAAAGAUAGAUCAGUAUUACAAAAUUUAUUACAGAAAUAUUGUUACAUAUUCGGCAAUAAUGCGUCAUUUAAUUGA